AUGUCAAACAAUAACAAUACACCAACAUCAGCAUCGACUUCAUCUACUUCCUCUUCACCAUCAAACACUACACCACUUGCAAACUCUACUCUAUCUCCAUCGGCAUCAACUCUAUUCGAUCCGAAUGUAUCUGCAGAACAUAUUAUCAUUUCAUGUAACUAA